AUGCGCCUCGUGUCGCAAUGCCUUGGGAGGGAAAGACAAUGCGCUAGGAGUUACCCAACAUGGGCGACGAGCGAAUCUCGCGUGGUCUUGGCUGGCAUCUUGCAUCCUCAUGGGUUCUCCAUACAACUCCAUAUCUCCAAUUCUCCAUUGUGCUCCUCUGAAAGGUGGACCGGGCUGGCCCAGGCCUCCCUCUCCCGCACCAGCAUCACAUGCGAGCGGAGCCUGGGUGUACACGGACUGCGAACGCUCACCGACACACCGAACGAGCAACCCGUGCCUGUCUGCUCGGCAGCUGCCGGGACCUGGGGUCGUAAGAAACCGGAUUUACAGAGUCACAAGCCAGGAGAACGCGGUGAUGUACGUGAUUGCGCGCAGCAGACACCUGAAUAUCAGGAUGAACUGCGUUUGUGCUGGGUGAAGGGAACAGAGGUGAGGGGGUAUAUAAUUGGUCCGUGUGCUUGCGGUCCCCGUACACCGAUGCAGAUAAUCGUGGGUACAUACCUUGUCAAGCCCGACUCCAUCGUCAAGCGUCAAGAGUCAUCAAGCCAGGGCAGCGAGUUGUGUGCGCGGCGGCGGGGGUUGGCGCCCUUGUAAAACCUCAGGGAUUCCAGACCCAAUGCCGGGCGCCCGGAGAAACGCCGUGGAUGGGGAAAAGUUGGAGCAAUCAAUUGAUGACGACAGAAGGUGGGCUGAAAGCUGUUGCACCCUUUUCUUGGAUGCAGGUGUGCGCCGCGAGCUUGGGCCAGUGUUCGGUGUAUCCGUCAUCCAUGUAGGUGUGAAGGCGAACACGACUAGGGAUGUCCGAGGGGCAAAGAGACAAAAAUAGAGGAUGAGUGUAUGCUGAAUGAGAAUCAGUAGCCGGCAUUCCAUGCUUGACUGAUAUCAAUAUUCAGCAGGCCGGAUCUCGCAGACU